UCCAAAUUAGUUAGCCUAUAGUGCAACAAUGAUUUCAGGAGUAGAUUCCUUAGUGCCUCUUACCCAUUUAGCCCAUACCCCCCUCCCACAACCCUUCCAGUAACCCUCAGUUUGUACUCCAUAUUUAUGAGUCUUGGAAGGACCUUUGUAGAGAUAUUAAUUAAGGAGAUUUCAGCAUAGAGAUAAUAUUUAAAGUCAUGAGGUUGAAUUGAAGGCUUGCUCCCAGUAAUAUGUUGGAGUAGUCGUCUAACAGAUCUACAUCUUACAAAUAAGAACUAUGAAUUCUAAACCGAACACCAAAAUCAGCUACUACAAAGGCUCUGAGCAGUUAACAAACCAGAUGGGUUAUAAAGGAAAAUUGAAACUUGUUAGAAGUAACUGGUAUGGGGUGAGUUUCCUCAUCUUUACAAAGGCUUUUAGCUUGAGUACCAUCUUCAGUGGUUUCUGCAAGGACCGUUUUCAGUUGCAAUAAGGUUAAGUUUUUCUGGCCUGAAGAAUCAUAAGACAAGAGUUUGGGGCAACCACAGAAGAAUAAGAAGUGAAUGAGGAAACAGAGCCGGAAAAGGGGAUCCCUACUCCUUAUGUAUGAACUCUAAGAUAUCUCUGGCUGACACUUGAGCCAUACUUGACUGAAAAAAAUUUCAGCUAAAGACAAAAGAAAUGAACUGAUAUUUGAGCUACCUCUGCUGAGACAGUUUAUAGUUUGAGUCAAAUUAAAUUAACUCUCUGAUGAAAAAAUUUUUCUACUUUUUGGAGGAAUAAAAUAAACAGCUUCCACGACUUGGCAUUUAUAAUGCCCUGAAUGCAAUCUGAAAUUAUUCAACUUAAGAAAAAUCAGGAAAAUGUGACUAUUCUAAAGAGAAAUAACAACCAGUGGAAGCCAACCCUGAGAUAAUGCAGAUGCUAGAAUUAGCAGGCAAGGACUUUAAAGUAGCAAUUUUAACUGCUCAGAGAGGUAAAGUAAAGAUGCUUGUACUGGAUGAAAGGAAAAUCUUAGCAGAAAAACAAAAAAAAAAUAAAAAUAAAAAAAGAAUGCACUGAAAAUUCUAGAACUGAAAAAUAGUGCAUCUGAAUUAAAGAAUUCCCUGGAUGGGCUUAACAGAAGAAUGGAGAUGACAAAAGAAAGAAAGAGUCCAUGAACUUGAAGAAAGAUCAGUAGAAAUUAUUCAAUCUGAAAAAGUAGAAAAUAAAGAUCAUAAAUAUGAAGAGAGACUUAAAUAUCUGUGAGCAGUAUCAAAAAGUCUAACACAAUUGUAACUGGAGCCCAGAAGAGAGGAAAGAGAAUGGGCCAGAAAAAGUAUUUGAAAAAAAAAAUGGCUGAAAGUUUCUCCAAUUUGGUGAAAUACACAAUACUUCAGAUUCAAGAAGCUAAGCAAUCCAGGUCAAGGUAAAUAUAAAUCAAACUGUGAUCAUCAUUGUCAAACUUUUGAAAACCUAUCUUGAAAACAGCAGUAGAAAAAUGACUCAUUACCUACAGGCUAGUAAUGAUUUGUAAAAUCACAAACUUCUAAUCAGAAACCAUAGACACCAUAAGAUGAUGGAACAAUGUCUUUUAAGUACUAACAUAAAGUCCUGGAACUACAUAGGAUCACUAAGGAAGUAGACAGAGAAGAGGAACCCAGAAAUUAGAUGAAGUGAUAAGAAAGAAGGAAAACUGAACAAUUCUGGAACACAUCUUCCAUUGUGAAGUGGGCUUACAGGUGGGAGUGGAAACACAGCCUCCUGGUCAUACUCCCCACCCUCAUCUUCCAGCAAUGAGGGUAGGCCAUCAAAGUUCUCAUGGCACCAAGGAUUGAAGCAAUGGGGUAAUGGAGAUCCUGGACAUUUAUUUUCCCACCAGUGAAAAUUAAUGAAGACUCAGGAGUUACUACAACAUUAGUGAUGAGAAGGAAGUUUCAGCAGCUAGAGUGUGUUGAUAUUGAACCAGCCCUGCAUCCCAGGUAUAAAUCCCACUUGGUCGUGAUAUAAGCAAAGCAAAGGAAAUCCUCAGAUGAGCAAGAGCUGUAUUUCGAUACCAAAAACUUCCUCUUGAGUGUCCGGAAGAAGAGAUGGAAGAGAGCAUUAUUUCCUCAAAAGAGAGAGAGAGAGAGAGAGAGAGAGAGAGAGAGAGAGAAAGCUCUAGGGAAUGAAAGAGAAGAUAGAGGAGAAUCUCAAAUGGUGAUAAUUUUUUCAACCUCAUCUAUACCUCAAUUUUGAGACACUCUGUAAUAUUUGAGAAUUAACAGAGAGGAAACAAGAUAGAAGUAGGAAACUACCAAAGACUAUUUGUUUAAAAAUAUUCUUUGUCCAUGGAAUCCAGCUAAAAGACUCAGUUACUAAAAUAUCCCACAAGCCAGCUGCUUUCAAAAAGACCUCUACCACUAGCACAAGAUGGAGCCUUUGGCAUAUUAUGAUCAACAAUUUGUGCCAUUAGAAUACUCUUACCAACCAGCCACAACCAAUUCAUUGACACAUCAAUACACAGGUGAAAAACUAAAUCAACCCAAUAAGCUGCCUGUAGUCAGAGUGCAAUCCCAUAGUAAUCACCUUGCAGCACCUCCAGUUAACUCUAAGAAGUUGGUGCAGAGCUGCUCAGUAUUGCCCUCUGCCAAGUCUCAGGACACAAUUUCACAGGGUUUCUAUAACAAGGCUCCAAAAGCACCAUUAUCCCAAUCCAAACGUCAGGACACACCUGCACUAGACCCCCACCAGAGAACUUCACUGUGGCCUAAUCAGAGAGCCUUGAGCUCACCUUUGAUCCACCAUAAAUCCCAGGCAACACCUUCACUUGAUCUUAAUAAGACAUCUUCAUCACUGGAGUCCAGUCAAACAAACUUGAGCUCACGAUUACCCCUCCCCAAACCUCAGACUACAUCUUCCCGAGACUUUUGCUGGACAUCACCUUCACAGAAGUCUAAUCAAAGAGUCUCAAGUUCAUCAUUAUUUCCCCCCAAACAUCAAGAAACACCUUCCCUAGAUGUCCUCUGGAAAUCAUCUUCUUUGGGACCUAAUCAAAGAGUGCUUGGCACAGCAUUACCACAGUCCAAGCCUCAGAAAACAUCUUCAUUGGAUGGCCUUUGGACAUCUUUAUUAGAGCACAAUCGAAGAUCUUUGAGCUCACCAUCACUCAACUCUACAUCUCAAAUACAUGACUUGCUUCAGUCAUCAUGUUCAUUGGAAUCCAAUCAAAUGGCUCUGAGCUCACCAUUAUCUGACUCCAGACCUCAGACAACAGCUGCAUUGAGCUCUAAUUCCAUUGUUCUGAGCUUACCAUUGUCCCAUUCAAAACCAAGGAAAUCACCUUUAGCACAUUCUGUCCACCAGACUAAGAGUUUGCCAUUGUUCCCACCUAAAUCUCAGACAGUGCUUACACUUAAUCGGGACUUCAGGACCCUCAGCUCACCGGUUUGUCACUCCAAGUUUCAGAAUACCUCUUCACCAAAUGACAAAUACAGGGCCACAGAUUUAUCUUCACCCCAGUAUAAACCAAAUGUCUCAGGUCAAUCAUUAUCAAGCUCUAAACACUUUAUCAGGAGCAUAGCUGCUUCAACAUUGGGCUCCCGAUACCAGAAUAAAGGCAGCUUUGAUCUUUGUGCAAAGACAGCAUCAAAUAAAGAAAUUUCAUGGAGUUUAGAUUAUAUUCAUCCCUGCAUUGUUAAAGGUGGAAGUGUCCCUGAUGAUGUUGUAAAUAAAAUUGUCAAUUCUCUCUCCAAGACCAGAAUCCAGAGGGAUCUCUGUAGGCAGAUUCUCUUUCGAAGAAUGAGGGGAAGGCCAAAUCCUCAUCCUGGUCCCCGACUUUCAUCAAAUUAUAUGGUAUGUUUAGCUUGUGCUUCCUGCAUAAAAUCUCAAUGUAACCAUCUUACGGGAAGGAAAGAUCCUCAUGGCGCAACACUAUUUGUCAUCCCAACACCUGAGCUCAGUUCUGAGAGGGGAAUAGAAGUGAAAUUAGUUUUUCUCCUCUCCAUACCAGAGACUUCUCCCUCAUCUGGUCUUCCAUCCUCGGUGAAAGAAAAUCAGCCUGAUGAAAUCCCUGAAGACAAAUCUGAAGGAAUGGAAAAGAUACAAAUUCUCUCUACAUCUGAACCUGAUAUCACCCAGGAGCUAAAUAGGAAGGACAAAGGGCUGACAGCAGCCUCCGAAGACAGAGUUGUAAGCCAACAACCCCAGGCUAUUGACUGGCUACUUUAUGUGAAGAAAAGUAAUAAUUUUGAGCCGCAGUCCCUGCCUACAUCCUCUUCAUCCUCUACAUCCUCCUCCUCCUCUUCAUCAUCUUCCUCCUCCUCUUCCUCUUUAACUGUGCCCUCUUUACCCCCUCCUUCCAAAGAGUCUACCACAUCUACUCUCUCAGGUUGUGUGUUCACUAAGGUGCUUAGUUACCACCGAUUGCCUCCAGGGGUCUCCUGGCUUGAGUUUAUAUGUAGUAAAAAUCAUCAGCCACUUACUGGGAAACCACAGCAAAACCAAUCACCAUCUCCCAGAACAAGGCCUAUGAGGAAUAGCACCACAGUAAAAGGGCCAAAGGGACCAAAGAUGCUGUUCAAAUUUUUUCAGACAAAGUUUCAAAAUGAGAGAAAUAUUGAUUAAAUUAACUUUUGUUUCUUUGAAAGCAAUUGACCUCUUAGUUCUUUGAAACUAGAGAUUGAUUUCUUAUCAUGCUUAUUAAAAUUCUUAGUAAUAAUUAAGUGUGAUUGUAUAUUUUAGCUGACGAAGCACCUAGUUAAGGGGAACUAAUACUCUUAAGUCUAUUUUCUAGUUAAAUAAUAGACUGUGAUCUCCUAGGAGACAAAACUGAAUCCCAGGUUUUUAACCAAAUGCCCGGCUUAUAGUAGCCACUGUAUAAUCAUUGUUACACGAAUUAAUCAUAAUUGGCCAUAAACCAGAAAGACCUCAUUUGUCUUGCCCUGAACAGUAUCUAGCUUAUUCUCCUUCCUCAUAGAAUAUGCUAAUGACAGUAUCCGUGAGCCAAUUCAUGCUAAUCUGUUUCCCUAUCUCUAAAGAAAAUUCAGAUCAUGUUCAAUAGAUAAGAAUGUAUAUGGAGAGGAAUGUUUUCUCUAGUUAUGAUAAUCUCUUUCUAGUUAUGUGUUCCUAGGGAAAAUUCUUCUAUGCUAAGAUCCUACACUCUGAAAUCCAGCGAUCUGUUCAACCUUAGUUAACAAAUCUCAGGAGAGAAUAACUAACUGGUACAAACAACUUUACCUAUUGUCUGGGCCAAUAUUUAAAUUAUAGGUUCUAAAGCCUGUUCAUCACUUCUAUCUAUACAUCCAAAAUGCAUUAAUAAAAAUGUUUUAAAAAUGGUU